AGACCCGAGGAGGCUGCUGGCAGUUAACAAGAAGAGCGAGUCCUGGCCACAGCUAGCUCAGGUGUUCAGGGGGCUCUCUAGGUGGCCUUAAGCCACUUUGAUCCCUGAAUCUGCAUCUAACCCUCUGUCCCACUGCGAGCAGGCCGCUGUUUCCCAGCUGCUGCUGCUAGGCAGGCAGUUUGAUGCCUUUAUCAGGCUGGACACAAGACCCUGUCUCUUAGGUGCCUCCACAAUGUCAGGUGAGGACUCCAUCAGCACACUGGGCAUGAUCCUUGGAGUGGGAUUGUCACUGCUGCUUGUGUCCAUCCUGGGCUACAGCCUAGCCAAGUGGUACCAGCGCGGGUACUGCUGGGACGGGCCUAAUUUUGUCUUCAACUUAUACCAGAUCCGGAACCUGAAGGACUUAGAAGUGGGGCCACCCUUCACCAUCAGUGGCCACAUGAGCAGUCCAGAUGGCGGCUACAUGAAGUUCUCCAAUGAAAGAGUCUGAUGGAGAUGCAUCUAGCCUCUGGAGGUCAGAAGAGGUCCAGGCUAACGUCUCCCAAGCACCUGCUUUGCUCAGUCUUCCAUGACCAUCAUAAUCAUCUCGAUGCUUCCUGAACUGCUUCCACCUGCGUUCAAACGCUUCUUUGACAUGAAUGGAAAAGUUCUACUCAUUCAUGCAUUCACCAAAGGUUUGUUGAGUGCUCAUUACUAUGCACUACCAUUGACUGGGUGUAGAGGGCACGGACUUCAAUCAAGAGGAGUUCCUGCUGUCAAUGAGCUGGAAGGAGUGUUGGCUAAAGGACCUUCCAUGGAAGCAGUAUACCCAGAGAACUAAUGGCAUGGUCAGCUUCGACACUAUCUCCAUCUGACAGAUCAGAAGACUGAGGUCCAGACAGACUCAUUUGCAAAGAACAGAUCAUGCCUAGAACCCAGAGAAGCAGUCUUUCCAGUCCCUGGGCAUGCCCCUGGGGCCUCUCCAUCUCCCAAUAGCCUUGCUGUGCUAGUUGAUUAGUCUGAGUGGACCUUGCUGUGGUUUGGUUAGCCUGAAUGAACAGAUACCAUGAGCUCACCCUGCCUCCCCACGCUCCACCCCAGACCAGGGUAUACAGCACUGGCUCUAUUAUCCUGACUCUUUGCUAGCUUUGAAUCCUGGGUUCAGAUCUUCUAUGGCCUGUCACAGACUCCAUGCCUGCGCCUUCCCACCUCCACUUCACUUCUUUCCAGUGAGUCCAGCAGGAGUGUACUUAGCACCUACAAUGUAUUUCACACCCUUGCAGGUGCAGAGGGCACCCAGAGCGAUACUUCACACUUCCCAUUUCAUUUUCACAGGACGGCCACCUAGUGACAAGACACGCAGGGUCUGAGUUGGCCAGGGGUGGGGGGGCUUUGCCGAGGGCACGUGGGUGGCCUUGAAACAGCAAAGUGGGAGAAGAGCUUUUGGGGAUGGGGAGCAGUGAGGAUGUGAAAGGGAUGAAAAUGAGAAGGGGCUGGAGCCAGGACGGAGGUUUUUGGAGAACCUUCUGAGCAGAGACUUUGAGUGCUGUCUUCCCAGUUGUCGGUAGAAUUCAAAGCUCGAAUUUGCAUUUCAGCCCUUCGGCUCAGUCAACAGUAGGGAUGAUUUUUCAGUGGUGAGGGACGCUGGGGGCAUAUGAGAAACGGUAGAGACAAUGGAAAUUAAGGAGAAAAUGCUCGCUCCUAUUCAGAGACACUUCACUCCUCUCCAGGCACCGGAGAAAUGAACGUGGAUUAGCAGUUGAGGAAGCAGGAGUUGUUGGGGCCCUCCAUGAGUGCAUUUGGGGGGGGGUUGGGCCAGGGGCUAAAGAAGGGAGCUGGUGUGUUGAGGAGUGGCCAUUUCUGGCAGAGGCUGCAGGGCUGCAGGAUGCUGCUCACGCGUGCAUCACGCAUGUUAUGUACAGAGUGUAGCAGUCUAUAAAUGGGACUGCUCUUCUAAAGAGCUGAUUAUGAAGGGAAGGAAGGAAGGGGUACUGUGUCUACUCUUCCCUGCUCAUGCCCACUCCAGAGUCCGUGACUCUGCAGGUGGGGUAAUUCACUAAAGGGAACACUUGGCUGUUACAUCACCCCCUAGUUUGGGGCUGUGGCUGUCUGAAGAUCCCUGAGGCUCCUGGCUGGGGUCUGCAGUGCACAUGCCAAGCUCAGGCAUGGUUCUGGACACUCUAGGCCAAUAGGAUGGCUGCCUGCUCCUCCUAGAGAUAACGAGUCUGGUGAAUAUCCCGAGUUUACGGGCUGUAGAUGGCCAGGAACCCUCUCCAGACCUGUCUUCUCAUCUCUAUGCCAUGAGGACAAAUCCACCCACGAUACAAGUCUCACAGAGAACACAGAGCACUUGCCUCAAAAUCCCCAGCCCUGAGCCCUAACCCAGGACCACUCCCAUCCUGAGAGCUACUUAAAUAUCUUCCUCUGCAUGAAAUACCACCACUGAGGCAAAGCUCAGCUUCUCCCAGGUCCCCAACACCUUCACCCCGCCACACCAUGUUUUCCCUUCCAUACCCAUGUUAUGCACUGCUCUCCAUCAGGUUCAAGUGGCAGUCAACGCUUGACCCUUUCUUUGUCCCCAGCCUGCUGUCCUGUCUGGCUUUCCUUGAAGUGUCCUUUGGAUUUGUUCAUUCUUCUCUAGUCCCAUUGCCCUUGCUCAAUGUAUGUGUAUAAAGCAUCUCUAUGGACUGAAGGUUGGUGCCCCACCCCCCAGCCCUCAGUGGUGUAGUCCUAACCCCUUAAUAUGAUGGUGGGGCUUUUGGAGGCUAUUGGAUGAGGUCAUGGAAUGGAGCCUCAUGAUGGGAUUAGUGUCUUCAUACAAGGAAGAGACCAGAGAUAACUUUCCAUUAUGGGUGGUGUAGCUCCAAGUUACCUAUAGACAAGGAGCACCACCCCCUCCCCGUGGGAGCUGGAUGAGCUAGAACUGUGAUCCUUGACUUCCCAGCCACCCGCAAGCUUCUGGUUAAAGCUCCGCCCCCCCCCCAAUGUGCUCCUACAGCCAGAGGGAAGGCAGCUUCCUACACUGCUUAUCUACUUCCUGCCUCAUUCUGGGUGCAGGAUACUAGUUUCUUUCAUGGCACUUAUCACAGCUUGCGACACUUGUUAAUACUCAGUUGCUUGAUCUUUAUAACCAGGCAGUCUGCUCCAUGAAGCCAAGGCUGAAUACCACAUCUGGCAUAUGGUAGGUAACCGCUGAAGAAAUGAAAUGCUGGGCUGGCCAGGUGGGUCAGUGGGUAAAGGCCCUUGCGGCCAGGCCUGAUCAUUUGAGUUCCAUCCCUGGAAUCCAUAUGGUAGAAGGAAAGACCAAGACAGCUGUAGGUUGUCCUCUGACUUCCA